AUGUCUGGCGUCAUAGAUGUUGACAUGAUGUUUAUGCCUGAUGGAGGACUCGCCGGUGUUUGUGUGGCCGCUUGCUUAUGCGUAAGCGUUACAGGUGACUUGGAUGCUGCUUGCGCUACGCACUGCGCGCUGUCUAGAGCGAUAGAGGUGGUCAAUUGCGCUAAAGACAAUGAUGUUAGGCGAGUGCGAGAGAGAGAGACGGUAGAAAGGAAUGAUCAAGUGAAUGAUCCCGACGUUCUUUCGGCAUCGAGUUGUGAAAGACAUGAAGAGCCUAUCGCCGUCGUAACAUCGCAACCUGUUCCAUCUGUUCUUGCCUCCUCUACCUAUACUCACCCUCUCUCACACUCGCCUAACAUUCCAUCAUUGUCUUUAGCGCAAUUGACCACCUCUAUCGCUCUAGACAGCGCGCAGUGCGUAGCGCAAGCAGCAUCCAAGUCACCUGUAACGCUUACGCAUAAGCAAGCGGCCACACAAACACCGGCGAGUCCUCCAUCAGGCAUAAACAUCAUGUCAACAUCUAUGACGCCAGACAUCAAACGGAGGAUAACGUCGCUCACGCAAGAAGAAGCACGUCGCAACCUCAUUUCAGCUUCUAAAGAACUGGAAUUGAGAGAGAUCAUUGCGACAAUAGAGCGACAGCGGAGACAAACCCUCGAAAGAAGAUCAAGAUUAUAUGCGCGCCACGUUGGAUUGGAAGUCUUCCACGUUACAGAAGACGUACUUCGAGAAGCGCUGAUGAGUUUAGCAGCCAUUUUGGCACAUGCUACUCGAUUAAUACGCACUCUGGAAGCGUUCCAGUUGAUGCACGUGCUCUACCAUCAGCACCGUUAUACUACACUGCUGGACGAAGACUAUCAAUGUUUGCUUGUCCCACCUCAAACAGAAGGACCGCUUCUUCCGGAGGUUGUUAGGGAAUAUAGUAGAUCAGCAACAAGUUCUGCUUCACUACCACCACCUGUGAGAUCUGAAUCGGUAGCGAAACCACCCGUAGUAGUCACUGUCGCCUCGCAGAUUCUAACGCCAACUGAACCCAAUGUGACUCAAGGUGUGACGAAGAAGCCCGCAGCCGCGAAAGAACAACCUAAGGUGGGUAAGAAUGCAGCAUUAUGGAUGCCCACAGAAGACGUGUCACCGCGUAGGUUAACAGCCGCUUCAUCUGUAGAUCCCUCAUUGGGUAAGGAAAAUACUUCCGAAUCCUCUGGGGACAGUAAUGCAACCGUAGCGCCUACCGCCUCGAAAGCGCUUAAUGUAGUGACUAAAUUUGCGAAAACCUCGGAUCCUACGUUAGCAGACUUUCGCCGUUCUAUUUCUUCUCAAAAGCCUCAUCAAGACAUCAGAGUAGCGACGGAAGCAGGUAAGAAAGAACGGCAGUCAAAUUCACAAUCGGGUAAGUCCAUGGAGCUCUCGGUAGAAUUAGCUUUACCUAAACAAAGUUCAUCCAUACCUAGUUCCCUACGAACAAAACCUAAGUCCCUAUCAACAUCCUCGUUGCGGGGGGAGGCUGGACUACCGUCCAAUCGUUCGCAUUUCGGCGAAGGCACUAGCCAGGCUGAACCGCAGUUUAGAGCGAGGGAAUCUCUGGACCGUGCUAAGGAGCGAGUGUAUAUGACAGAAGAUUAUCGCAGUUGUUCUAAUUGCCUUCGCGAUCACUUCGGUGAUUGCAUUCGUGUCGACAAUUGCGCUUACUGCCGUAUGCCUGGCCAUCAUCCGGCUUUCUGUGUUAAUAAUCCGCAUUUCAAGUCGGAUGUAUGCCCGCAAGGCAGUUCUACCAAGAAAUCGCCAGACGGACUUACCAAUGGCCACCGCCAGGUCGGAUUUGCAGAAAACCGCAGGAUUACCCGCGACGUCGAAGUUUUAGCCAACUUUCUCGUUCACCAUCAUCAUCCCCUCCGAGGGGAGGGUAUCGCUACUAAAUCGAAGGUUGAAUGA